AUGCUCAAACAUUCAGGACAAGGACACGAUCCUGCUGGUGUUUUGAAUACAAAAGAAGGCAAAUGUGCAGUGUUAUGUCCAGCAUGCCCUCAACCCAGGAAGAACAUGAUGGGGUCACCAGAAAGAGAUGUUGAUGCACUUUUUGUCACUCUUGACACCAACUUUUGCCUCAGACACCAUGCAGUCUCAAAUAAUGAGAACAAUCCAAGCCUCAGUCAGGGCUGGGCAUAUUUUGUGGAGGACACCAUGUUCAAGAGAUACUUAAGUGACCACUGGCAUGAUAUCCAAGAGAAAAGCAUGUGCUCAAAUCACAAUGCAGUGAAUAUGGCAGAUGCAAAGUCAAAGAAAGGUUGCAAUGUGACUGGCAUUGGCAUGGUUGUUUGCACCAGGUAUGGCAUGAGGCUCCCAAAUGGGAUAGUUGACCUACAAUAUGGUGAAAGAUAUGUGAAUAUGGACUAUGCAUUUGCAUCUGCACUACACCACUCAGAUGUGACUGUCCUCAAAGUUUCAUAUGACAUUGCCUGCCAGUGGCACAAGAAGUUAUAUCAGUGGAUGGACCAGAUGCCACCUUCUUUACAGUCAAACUUACAUGACUGGGCUGUUACAUUUCUCGUACCCAAGUUUCACCUUCCUGCCCACAUUGCCUCAUGCCAAUGGUCCUUCUCCUUCAAUUGGACCAAGGGUGUUGGUCAGACAGAUGGCAAAGAACCUGAGCAUGGAUGGGCAAACCUUAACCCCACUGCUUCAAGCAUGAAGACCAUGGGCCCUAGUCAUCGUCAAGACACACUGGAUGACUACUUUGGUGACUGGAACUGGAAAAAGCUUAUUGGACUGGGCGCUUCUCUUCUUAGGAAGGUAAAGGAGGCCAUCCCUGAGUGCAAUGAUCAUCAAUGUGACUUUGAAGAAUUAACAUGGUUGCUCAAGCUCAAGUUUCCUGAGCAACUCGCUCUAUGGAAGCAGCAGGUAGAGGACUGGGAAGCCAACUCAACCAAGCCUAAUCCAUUCGAAGUUAAGAACAAUGGUAUCACGCAAGCUAGAGGGAGUGAGCUCCUACUACAUCCAGAUGCAACCCCAAGUGUUCUCAUUGGCACUGGGAUUGACCUAGAGGAUCAGCAACAACAUCUGUGUGAUGCCACUGAGCUGGCAUUGUGUGUCAUGGAUAUGCACAAACUCAGGGUUCAACAACAAAGCAAUGCACUGGUGAGGCUAAUUGAGGCAUGGCAAAAACUUCAAGUCCUGUUUAUGCCUGGUGUAAGUGCCCUCUGGGAUGAGUGGCUGGAGUUUGCCAGUCAACCUCAUUCCCUGGAGGACGUCCCAUUGUUCCUCCCAUCACAAUGUAUCAAGCAUUACCCAUUCUUGCCCCCCUGGUUGGACAAGUUGGGUGGAGGGACAAGCUUCACCCACUUGCAGAUGAGGACAUUAGUGCACUCACAGAUGCUUACAACCUCUGGCCUGGAGAGGGAUGGUGCCAUGUUUCUUGGAUUUGGCAGUUAUACAGGUACAGUUAUCACACCACAGAGAAGGAAUCAGAUGAUGGUUUUCAGGAGGCCAUCCAUGUGGAGUGGUGCAAAGCAUGUGCAUGUGCACACUGCUGGGAAGAGGAGGUUGGGCUACUAUUUGAAGAAAAGCAAUGUACAUUACAGUUUCUUGAGUGGCAUGCAAAUUGGUGGAUGGGCCAUGCUAGUGCCAUUGCAACAGGUGACAAAGCUCUCUCCUAAUGGGUGUCAUGCAUAUGCUGAGUGUCAGGCAGAGCUUCAGCAUCAGCUCACAAGGUCAUUUGCUGAUAUGUGGAAGGACACACAGCAUUUCUUGGAUGUUGCCAAUGCUUAUAGUGUAUCUCCCUCUCCUAUGCUCUGA